ACAUGCGUGUUCAAUUCAAACUUCAAAAAACAUGAAACCUUAAAACCCCCAAAAGCAGUGUCCUCAAUCAUCACAUUCUCCCACCACGAUGUUGUCUCUGACACCAAGAUCUUCUGUUGUUCCCUCACACCUCAUUCUUCUCCUUCUUCUUAUUCUUCUUCCUCUCACAGGGUCAGCAGCAGCAGUGGAAGAAGAGAAUUCUUACUCUUCUGAUCUUCACAGGGUGCUCCACAGCCAUGGCUUGCCAGCAGGGCUCUUCCCUCGGAGUGUCAAGUCUUUCAAUUUGGACCAGACGGGUCGCUUGGAGGUGCACUUGGAUCGGCCGUGUUUGGCUCAGUACGAGACGAGGGUGUUCUUCGACAGUGUGGUGAGGGCUAACCUUAGUUUCGGACAACUCAAGGUGUUGGAAGGGAUGUCAAGGGAAGAGCUUUUCUUGUGGUUGCCUGUGAAAUAUAUCUUAGUGACCGAUCCUUCUUCCGGACUCAUUGUUAUUGAUAUUGGUCUUGCUUUUAAACAUCUCUCCUUGUCUCGGUUUGAAGAUCCUCCAAUUUGUAAAUCUCAUUCUGGUCUUAUGCUUAAGGUUGGUGGAAGGAAGGGCGUUGGAUUUACAGCUCAGAGAUGAAAGGCUGUUCGCUCGGCUGAGGAUGGCUUCUUCUUUUCUCUUUUCUGGGUUCUGCUGUUCUGGUUUUCCAUAGAAAGAAUUAUGUGAAGAAAUGUGCAAAACCAAAAUAUAUAAUGUCAUCCAUUAGUUGCAUGAAGUUGAUCACAAGAGAAGAAAUUAUACCUCUGUCCGUUAAUUAGGAUCAACAUUAAAACUUUGAGGAAAACUCUAAUUCAAUUAUAGCUAGAAAAUACUUUUUGAAUA